AUGAGUUUUGUAACUCUUGAUAAGUGGAGGGACUAUUUCCGGACUGCGAAUUCGGAUAUAUUUGAUAUAAUUGAACAUGCUAUUAUGGUGGCAGUCUCAGAUUGUCCCCAGGAGUUCAGAUUGAGAAGAGAUCGAAUUGCUGAGAAGUUGUUUGCUUGUAAAUUGACCAAGUGUUCAGGGUGCGAUCGGGUGGAGUUGGCAGAGCCUUGUGAUGAUAAGGAUGAGGGAUGUAAGAGUGGGUUGAAUAGAGAUGGGUGUGAAUUUGAGGCUGGUCGUAAUAAGGAGAGCAAGGUGGAUAGUACUAUAGAUGAUCAUGAUCAGGAUCAUGGAGAAAUGAAUAUGAACCAAGUUAGCAAUUACAGCUUUGGAGAAGCAGAGGCAUUGACUGACCAGAUUGAAGAAGAAAGUCAGAUUGUUGGGGAGGUCUUGAGGAUCAAAGAGAUAUUUGAUAACAAUCAAGAUGAGUCUGAUCAAAUCUUAUUUGAUUCACUGAGGAGGCUUCAACUGAUGGCUCUGUCUGUUGAAACUCUAAAGGCUACGGAGAUUGGCAAAGCUGUUAAUGUUCUCCAAAAGCAUGGAUCAAAGCAGAUUAGGCAUCUUGCACGAACACUGAUUGAGGGGUGGAAAGUUAUGGUAGAUGAGUGGUUGGAUGCUACAGCAGCAGUUGCAGAAGGAACACCAGAGUCUCUGAACCCGUCAACUGUUGAUGAAGAGGAGGGGCUACCUUUUCCUCCGCUGGAUGAAGCAGUCUUUUUUGCUACUCAGACUACUUCAAUAGAGCUCUCUCAGUUCUUUGAUGGCAUGGAUGAUGAUGGAAAUCCUCGAAACAGUGGGGAAUUCAACAAGAACCACGAAUAUGGUAGAAAGCCAUCACGAGAGAACCAAAAUAUUGCCAAGCAUAAUCCACAGUUCUCCCAUGAGGUUCCUCCCAAGGACAAGAAGUGUGAGCAGGAUAAGAAGAGUGCACAAAUAAAGAAACAAGAAGCUGUGAUGAAGAAUCAAGCAACUGUUAUGAAACCAAAUAAGUCUGCCAGUGCUGCAUCCAGGCCAGGUAGACCUACAAAACUGAGUGUGGAAGAAAGGUUUAAUGACGAGACCAAAUUACUUAAAAAAUCAGACCAAGUCACAAUCCAGAAGAGGAUGUCGGAUUCUCAACAGGAUAAAUCAAGGUGUUCAGAUGAGCGCGAUGUAAAGCUUGAAGCUGCGAAAAGGAAGCUCCAUCAGAGCUACCAACAAGUUGCGAAUGGUUUGUCUACUUACCUUUUACUCGUUUAAGUUUUUUUGGUUUUUAUUUGAUACUACUACAUGGACAAUGGUGAAUUUGCAACAAAACCCACUUUUAAUGCUUAUUUAAACAAAGCCUGAAAAUUGGAAAGGGUUAUGAUUACAGGAAAUUUAUCUCCGUCAGUAAUUUUUUAGCUUAAUAUGACUAGUUUUGAGUUUCAUUGAUAGUAAUCGUAAUUCUUCUUAACA